AUGGCACCAGCUACGUCCUCUCGCGCCGAUGAGGUGCAGAAUCUCCUGAAAGCCGUCGAAGACCUUCUCAUUCCCUUCAUUCGAUCUGCCGACAGUCCCGAAACACACACGCAUCAGAACGGAACAAACGGAACAACAUCUGUUAAUGGCAAUAGCACGCCCGCUAAAACUUCACUCGUGGAAUACAAGAAACCCAAAGAACUACGAGAAAUCCUGCAACUAGAAAUCCCCAAGGAAGGACGGCAGCAGGACGGCCUAAUUGAAGUUCUCCAGAAGGUUCUGCAAUACUCAGUCAACACCUGGCACCAGGGUUUCCUAGAUAAACUCUAUGCCUCAACCAACGCACCAGGUGUUGCUGCAGAGCUGAUUCUCGCUACACUUAAUACCAAUGUGCAUGUGUACCAAGUUUCGCCUGCACUGUCCGUGAUCGAAAAAUACACAGGCCAACAGCUAGCAAAUCUCUUCGGCUUGAACGGACCUCGAGCAGGAGGCAUCUCAGUCCAAGGCGGCUCAGCCUCAAACACGACCUCUAUCGUUAUCGCGCGCAACAACCUCUUCCCCGAGACAAAGAAAGAGGGCAACGGAAAUCAUCGAUUUGUGCUGUUUACCAGUGCACACGGUCAUUAUAGUAUAGAGAAGGCAGCCCAGAUGCUCGGACUGGGUAGCAGUGCUGUAUGGCAAGUUCCCAUUGACAAGAAAGGGCGUAUGAUUGCAUCUGAACUGGAGAAAUUAGUACAGAAAGCUCUCGAUGAAGGCAGAACACCAUUCUAUGUGAAUGCCACAGCCGGAACAACCGUCAUGGGAUCCUUCGACCCAUUCAACGAGAUUGCGACCAUCUGCCAGAGAUAUAACCUUUGGUUCCACAUUGAUGGGUCAUGGGGUGGAUCAUUCGUCUUUUCCCCGCGGCAGAAACACAAGCUUGCAGGGUCAGAAAAAGCGAACAGCAUUGCAAUUAAUCCUCACAAAAUGCUCGGAGUUCCAGUCACCUGUUCAUUCCUGUUAGCCUCUGAUAUGCGCCAAUUUCACCUGGCCAAUACGCUCCCUGCAGGCUACCUCUUCCACAACGAUGACACAGCUGCGGUAUCAAAUGGCAAUGGCAGCGAUUCAGAGAUCGAAACAGAGUCGCCAGAAAUCUGGGACUUGGCGGACCUUACACUCCAGUGUGGCCGACGUGCUGAUUCCCUGAAACUAUUCCUGGGCUGGACAUACUAUGGUAGCGAGGGAUAUGCACAGCAAAUCGACUCAGCCUGUGAAGUUGCAGCCCACCUCGCCUCCCUCGUCGAGAAACACCCCGACUUCAUUCUUGUUAGCGAAAACGCGCCUCCAUGCUUGCAAGUUUGCUUCUAUUAUGCCCCUGGCAAACAGUUUGUUUACCCGCAAAGUGCUGCAUCAAAUGAAGACCAACGUGGCAAGAAUAACAGCAAGGUCACAGAGCUGAUUACACAUGCUAUUGUGCCGAAGGGCUUCAUGGUGGACUUUGCACCCCCUAGUGGAGACGAGGAUGCUGUUGGAAGUGGCAAGUUCUUUCGCUGCGUUGUGAAUGUUUUAACCUCCAAGGAGACAGUUGAAUCUCUUGUGUCGACGAUCGAAAACACUGGACCUGGCAUCAUCAAGUCGUUGAAGACACAGGGGAGUGUUUGA